UUUUCCAUUAAGUAAGGAAGAUUGGCUCAAUAUCGCACAAGGUUUCAAAGAUUGCUGGAAUUUUAAUCACUGCAUUGGUGCAAUUGACGGCAAACAUGUUGCUAUUCAGUGUCCCCAUAAUCCUGGCUCUUUAUAUUACAACUACAAGAACUAUCACAACAUUGUACUGCUCGGGAUAUGUGAUGCCAACUACAUGUUUACAUUCGUCGACAUCGGAGCUUAUGGCAGGCGUAGUGAUGGUGGAAUUUUCCGAGAUUCUAUUGUGGGUCAGAAAUUUUAUAACAGAGAAAUGGGACUGCCAGAACCUAAGAAACUCACGGUCGAUGGUGAUCCUAUGCCAUAUGUUCUUGUUGCCGAUGAAGCAUUCCAGUUAACUGAUUUUUUGCUAAGACCAUAUCCAGGAAAAGGAGGACUUGGACUUAAUCACGAAAAAAACAUCUAUAAUUAUCGCCUCAGUCGUGCUCGUAGAACAAUCGAGAAUACUUUUGGAAUUCUUGUGAGUCAAUGGAGAAUAUUGAAAAAGCCUAUUGACGCUACUGUAAAAAAUACAAUGCAAAUUGUCCAGGCCAUUAUUUGCAUUCAUAAUUGGCUUCGAAAACAGGAUUUAGACAAAAACGAAUAUAUUUCUGCGGACAUGAUUGAUCACGAUGAACCUAGUGGUUUUAUUCCUGGAAAUUGGAGAAAGGAAAUGGAUAGCAGUCAUGCCUUGAGAGAUCUUGGUAAUUGUGGCACUAACAAUUCUUCUCGAGAUGCCAUGAACAUCAGGAAUGAAUUUUGCGAUUAUUUCAACGGCGAGGGUGCUAUACCCUGGCAGUAUCUUCAAUAGCAGUAAUUAAAAUUAUCAUCAUGGAUUUGCAUGAAAUUAAUUAAUUAAAAAAAAAAAUAAUUUGUUCUAAGGAUGUUUCGGCCGUACAGCCUAAGCUAAAUAUAAUCGUAUAACUUUAUUUGAGAGUUUCUCAAGGAAAAAAUAAAGUGAUAAAAUUUAAAAAUCAGUUAAUAUUUAUGGAAAAUAAUGAAAAAUACUGAUAAAAAUCUAUGACGUUUGGAAAUGGUAAUAAUCUGAAUAAAUAAAUAUUAUAUUUGAUAUUUGUUCUAUCAUUGUAUGUCUAAAUUGUUUGUCUUUUCUAUCAUUGUAUGUCUAAAAUAA